GAGAAAAACCAUAAAAAUGGGCAUAUUUUGACCAAUUUUGGUCUGAAUUGUGAAAAUGAGAAUUUUGCACCCACUUGAGAAGAAAUCCUGUGGAGAUCACUAGAAUGACAUAAAUUACAUAGAAAUCACAACUGUAUAUUAGAUGACAAAAAUAGUUGUAGAGUGCUGAUACUGAUUUAAUCUGACAGACAGCUUAACUUUAAUACAUCUUCCUUUCUACUUUCAGAUGAAAUACUUAUAGUAAACAAAGUGGGUAACCAAUUGGUAUAUAAGUGUGCAAUGUGUCCCAGUGAAUUCCGCACAAUGCUGAAUCUGAAAAUCCAUUGUAGAGAUGUGCAUCAAAUUGAACUGUUUCAGUGUAAACUAUGUGGAUAUCACAAUAAGGCAUUUGGAAGAUAUACAAAUCAUUACAUAAGAAACCAUACAGAUUUAGACUGGCAGAAAAUGCAGUAUGGGUCAGAAAAGCAUGAUUGUAUGUAUUGCGGGAGAUCCUUCGGAAAACCUUAUCUUUUGAAACAGCACGUCACAAAGAGUCAUUUAAAAGAGGCUGCUUACAAAUGUGGAACAUGUCAGAAGAGUUUUGUGUAUAAUCAAACAUAUCGUCAGCAUUUUGUUAAUAACUCAAAGUGUGAAAGUAGCUGUCCUAGGGAUUUCAAAGGUACCGUAUGUGAUAUAUGCGGUUAUAUGUGUGCAAAUCAGUCCUCCCUUAAACACCAUAUCAAAAGGAAGCAUAGCAUGGUGAAAAGCGAGUGUGCAACAUGCCAUAAAACAUAUCCUUCUGAGGCUGCUUUGAUUGACCAUGUUGUAAGAUGUCACAACAAAACUCACAUUUGCACAUAUUGUGGAAUAGGAUUUGGUUGGCUAAGAGGGUUAAAGGAGCAUAUUAGAAUACAUACAGGUGAAAAACCUUAUAGAUGUGAAUUUUGUGAUGUGUCAUUUGCGCAGAGUGGUAGUUUGUGUAAACAUAAACAAUCUAAAGGACACAUUGAGAAAUGUGGCAAGACAAUUCCAGGAAAUAUAGUAAUGGUAGAAAAUGUGACAAAUAGUGAUUAUCAAACAACACAAGAGAAUUAUUAAUAACAUUAAAAGUAUUAAUGUUUAUGACCUGUAGUUUAUUGUCUUCACUUGUUCUUAAUGUUUCACAAGACCACCAUUUGAAUUUUAGUAAAUGAAUAUAUUUUUAUAAUUGUAAUAACAUAGUUCAGUUUGUAUUUAAUUAUUUUUUGCACAUUUAUAAUUAUAAAUCAAAACCAUAAAUCUAGUCUUCAGUUUUCAUUGAAUAAAAUAUGUAAUGGAUAAACAUUGAAUCUUAGAGAUGGAAAAAUAAUGGCCAAGGGGCAAACCAUGACCAUGAUUACCACUAUGAUAUACUGAACUCUACUGAAGUGACUUCAUGAUUCAAAUAGACAAUAAAAUAAAUUGAAAACAUGAAGCCUGGCAAUAAGAAGUGAUCAGUAAAUCAGGUGAUCAGUAGCCAUUGCAGAAAUACUUCUCAUCAGUUUUUUCAUAAUUCACCAUUUCACUCAUUUGUUUUUAUGGUUGAUACAAUAUACAAAGAUAAAUGAAAUGCACAAUUUGCACAAACAGAACGUAUUCAAUAAGGGCUUUGCUAAUAUAGCGUAUUAUACCCUUUGAAUUCUGGUUUUUAAUGAGAUUAGGAAGUUAACAUACUAGUAUUACGUUUUGUUAUAUUUCAUAAUAUAAAUAAUAUCAGAUUAUUUUGAGUGAUAUCAUUUUUAUUGACGAGCUGAUAUCAAAUGUAAACAUGAGUGAGUGAAGCAAAUGAGUGUUGAUAUCUAUGAAAUGUAUGAUUUACUAAAUACUAGCCCGGCCAAUGUUACUACUUCAGUCACCUAUAUCAUCAUGAUAAACCAUGACAUCUCAUUUCUUCUCAGCCCAGGUGAAACAGAAAGAUGCUAUGAGUAUCAGAAUUCACCUAUUUAGUAAUUCUUUUAUUUAUAUGUGCAAAACAAUGCAUGUAGCUCAGUCUUGGAAGAAUGGAUAGUCUAUGGUACACUUUGAAAAUGAAGCUGAUUGAUUUCUAUGGAGUUGACUUCUAUUAUCAGUAUUUAAAAGGUCCAAAAUCCAAUAUAGUGAUGCACUACUAUACAUGGUGCAAAAAUCAAGGAAUCUCCCAGAUUUGCCCCAGGGUGAUAGCGCCCACACCAGUACUCUCCCCAG